AUGGCUAUAAAAAAAACUGAAGUAGUUACCAUCAGUGCAGAUUCUAAGAGGAGCAAGUCUAGUACUGCUUUGAUGGAUGUUUUCAUAGAAGACAAUAAAGUUUCAGAAGAUAGAAAUAAUGAAGGAGACCGAGAUCAAUUCCCGAUCCUGUUGGUGACACUGAGUGCAAUGGUUGUUGUAUUACUAGUGGUUGUGGUGAUUCUCUUCGUUUCAAGGUGGAAUAAUGUAAGAUCAAAGAAAGAAAAGAAAAGUCACCCUCCAAAGAAUCUUCCGAGAUCGGAGUCAAGAAAUGAGUCCGAGUUAGAGGAGAAUACUCAAAACGAGGCUGGAUAUGUCGAAGAAGAAGUUAUUGUCGUAGAGUACAGUAAUCUGACGUCAAAAAGGGUCUCAAUAGAGCAGGUCAUCAAGGAGUUGCCAGAACGAAAACGCAAUGGUACACUGGAAAAAGAGUUUAAUGACCUUCCGUGUGGAUUGCUAGAAUCCUACUCAAAUGCACUUAAGAUUUCAAACAGGAGCGGUAACAGAUACAAAGGCAUCUAUCCCUAUGACUAUAAUCGUGUGAAGUUAAUCAGAACAGAAGAUUAUAAAGACGAUGAUUUUGUUAAUGCUUCAUACAUUCAUGGUUUCGCCAAGGAACGUGCUUACAUAGCCGCACAAGGUCCUUUCAAUCCCAAGACAUUAGAGGAUUUCUGGACGGUAAUAUGGCAGAAUGACUCCACAAGAAUUGUUAUGCUGACUAGUCUGUACGAAGGCGAUAAGAUGGAGUGUCUGAAGUACUGGCCUGACACAGAGCUGGACGUUGGACCUUACAACAUUAGACUGGACACAGUGGAUGUGUAUGACAGCUACGUCAGGCGUUAUUUGAUUGUCCAAUAUCAGGAAGAAGAAAAAAGAGUGACACAAUUUCAUUUCACCACAUGGCCCGACAACUCCGUUCCAGAGGAUCUGACGUCACUCAUCUGCUUUAGGAAUUUAGUUAGGAAUGGUAUGACGUCUUCAGAUGGACCAAUUGUUGUUCAUUGCAGCGCAGGGAUAGGAAGGACAGGGACAUUUAUCGCCCUUGAUUAUCUCCUGGAAGAGGGCGCUGCUGAGCAGACGAUUGACGUCAAAGGAUACGUAUCUUCUCUUCGACAUCAGCGCGGGAAGUCUAUACAGACUUGCAAGCAGUAUAUCUUCCUGCAUGACUCACUGAUAGAAGGAUUCACAAAUAACAGUGCUCGCAGGAGCGUGUUGUCCGUGCUUUAAACCCAUAUUGGAGUACUGUGUGAACUUUCCAUUGUUUAUUUUGUUUGUUUGUUGCUUAAUGUUAUUCUCUAGAAUAUUUCAUGUAUACGGAGAUGCCAUUUCUUUUGGUUGAAGGCUGCACCUUUAUUCCUGUAAUCGACAGUCAGGACUAUUGAGUUGUGAAGGAUAAAAAAGACAAUUGGGUCGUUUGGGAUUUUUUUCUUACCAACACCUACUGCGACACGGGACCUAAUUUACUCCGCCUUAUCCGGAAAGCCGGUCUCCACGUUACGCAGUGGAUUCACACCCGUGAUUUAAGGAUCCGCCCUUUAUUUUGCGACACAAGAGCAAUCGAUGAUCCAUUAGCCAAAGAACACAUAUUCGUUAAUUUAUUGUU